GUACCUGCACAGAGCAAAAAAAAGAAAAGGGAAAUUAUAAAAUAAAAGAAAUCCUACAGAAAAAAGCGCAAAAGUCUUUAGGAUUGAAUCCGCUGACAAGGACAAACUGCCUUAUUCUUCAGCUUGUCUGGGGCUGUUAGUUGUUGUGUAGAAUAAGCCUGAUUGAGGUCAUGCAUGCAGCCACUUUGUAAACUGAUAUCUAAAACCACCAGCUAUGCUUUGCAUAGGGGCGCACUCGAAUUCCUGUCAAGCCAUCUCUUAGGCUGCUGCUUCCAGCUUGAAUGCCUUAAUGAAACUCUGAGGGUCUGAGUGGAAAUAACAGAUCUGCUGCAGCCGGGAGCGCAGGCGAAGGGAAACGGGGGGCUUUCCUAUGUGUGCAGCCGACUGGUUAAUCUUUAGACUGCAAAUGAGGAAUAGACAAUAGAUGGUGGGCUUCUCGGCACUAAAUAUAAUAUAUCUAUUGGAGCUGAAGACAUCACAAGGGUGAAAUCCAAAUUGUGCAGCUGGACAACUUCCCCACCACUUCUCCUCUUCUGCCUUUCGAGGAAACUUCACCUACAUAUACCGAAUAUUUUAAGGAAUUCUGCAACGGGAUGGCAUCUGGAAUUUUCUUCGCCCUUUGCCUCGCGUUGAUGGCGAGCGUAGAGGGAAACGCGCAGAGGAAAGGGACGGACGGCAAUGGGAGACGAUACAACCGCAUCCAGCACGGGCAGUGCACCUACACCUUCAUCCUCCCGGAACAUGAUGGGAAUUGUCGCGAGGGCACCACCGCCGCCGCCACCGACCAGUACAACACCAACUCUCUGCAGAGGGACGAACCGCCAAUGAAUCAGGAUUUCCCGUCCCAGAAAAUCCAACAUCUGGAACAUGUGAUGGAAAAUUACACUCAGUGGCUGCAAAAACUGGAGAACUACAUAGUGGACAAUAUGAAAUCUGAGAUGGUCCAGAUGCAGCAAAAUGCAGUUCAGAACCAGACCGCAACCAUGUUGGAAAUAGGAACGAGCCUUCUGAGCCAAACUGCGGAGCAGACGAGGAAACUUACAGACGUGGAAACACAAGUUCUCAACCAGACGUCCAGACUAGAGAUUCAGCUGUUAGAAAACUCAUUAUCGACCUAUAAACUAGAAAAACAGCUUAUUCAGCAGACGCACGAAAUUAUCAAAAUCCAUGAAAAAAACAGCUUGUUGGAGAACAAAGUUUUGGAAAUGGAAGUCAGACAUAAAGUUGAACUGGAUACACUGAAGACGGAGAAGGAGACAUUACAAGGUUUGGUGUCCAGACAGAACCACAUCAUUCAGGAGCUGGAGAAGCAGCUGACCAAAGCCACCACCAACAACAGCAUAUUACAGAAGCAGCAGAUGGAGCUGAUGGACACCGUGCACAACCUGGUCAAAGUCUGCUCCAAAGAAGGAGUUUCCAUAAAGAAUUCGAAGAGAGAAGAGGAAAAACCGUUCCGAGACUGUGCAGAUCUCUAUCACGCAGGGUUCAACAAAAGUGGUGUAUACACCAUAUAUAUCAACAACGUAUCUGAUCCCAAAAAGGUAUACUGCAAUAUGGAAACUGCGGGUGGGGGCUGGACGGUAAUCCAACACAGAGAGGACGGAACAAUAGAUUUCCAGCGAGGAUGGAAAGAAUAUAAAGUGGGGUUUGGCAGUCCAUCUGGUGAAUUUUGGCUGGGGAACGAGUUUAUUUUCGCAAUAACCAGCCAAAGGCAGUACUCGCUGAGGAUUGACUUAAUGGACUGGGAAGGCAAUCAGGCGCAUUCACAGUAUGACAGAUUCCACAUAGGAAAUGAAAAACAGAAUUACAGAUUAUACUUGAAAGGUCACAGCGGAACCGCAGGAAAACAAAGCAGUCUGAUCUUACACGGGGCGGAUUUCAGCACAAAGGAUGCGGACAACGAUAACUGUAUGUGCAAGUGUGCGCUCAUGCUUACCGGAGGUUGGUGGUUCGAUGCCUGUGGUCCCUCCAAUCUUAAUGGAAUGUAUUACGCGGCCGGGCAAAAUCAUGGGAAAUUGAACGGCAUAAAGUGGCAUUAUUUUAAAGGUCCAAGUUACUCAUUACGCUCAACAACAAUGAUGAUUCGACCAUCGGACUUCUAAUUUAGAAGAGCAGGACAAUGACAUACAGAUACCUAUGGGAGAUUUCUCUUUUCAGUUGAAUGACUGAAGACGUGACUUACCGUACAUCCACACAUCAAAGCUCUUUGGUAUGGAUUGCUGAUCUCAGGUUGUUGGCAGAACUUCACCAUUAGAGGUGCUGGGAUUUUGGCAAAUGGCUCGAAACUUGGAUGAUCUAUUAUGGACGUGUUCUUCAUGUUCUUCACCAUUUUUAUCAUUUUAUCCAAGAACUUGGCUGGCGUAAGAAAAUAUGUAUGGAAGAUGAGAUUUACAGACAAUUUCAAGGAUUAAAAAGGAUUUAAAAUUUAAGUUUCAACUACCCUAUCAUCAAAAACGUGGAGUGAACAAAAUACUCCACAUAUAUGAACAUUCUGGAUUUUUUUAAAGGAUUUCUACAGUAAACCAUUUACAUAUUCAGGAAAUAGGAAACUGUACAUCAAGCAGUUCAAUUUUAUACAAAAUGUGCCUUUUCUUAUUAUUGUGUCACAAAGGUGCUAGUAAACCAAUGAACAAUCUUAACAGAACCCUCUGACAACUUAGUAGGUUCAUCUAUAGCCCUUUGGAAAAACAGCAGAAGACGUAAUGGGAUACCAACGUGCAGUGUAAAAGUAAUAUUCUAUAGCUCUUUAGGUUACAAUAAAACCUUAAACGUAUUCUCCCGCACAGGUUGUAUAGAACACAUACUCAUUAAGGGAGACUGCACCAUCUUGCGACUUUAACAUUUAUAUACUAAAUAACAACCAAAAAAAAAACAUCCUAAUAUUUCUAUAGUUUACAUAUAUUUUUACAUCACAAAUUUUUAGUUAAACAAUAUUGUUAGCACAAAUAUUAAGCUAAAACAAUAUUUUCAUUUCUCAUUAAACAAACCAGAAGUAUUAUGGUACUGGCAAAGGUUAUAAUGGUACGCAAAGUAAACUCAGUGUAAAGACUUGUUUUAUCCUUUAGUGUUUUCAUAGCUUUGUUUGCUAUUAUUAAGCCUUAGUAUCCAUGUAUGAAGUAUGGGUGUAUGAUGUAUUGUAUGCAUAUUUUAGGUACAGGUACAAAGAAAAAAAAUGUGACAUUCAAAAACAGCAUUUUCUGAGUAUACAACUUCUGAAUGAACUAUGUAUUCUGAAGGGUUUUUCUUUCCGAAAUCUACACAAUAAAUUAAGAAAUGUUUUUUUGUUAUAGGAAUGUUUGUUUAUGUUUAAGAAACCUCCAGUCACAUAUAAUAUAGUUAUUAUGUAUGUAUGUGCAGCAGAGUCCAGUACAGUAUUAUCCAUGUAGCUCUGAAAUAGUGUGCAGAACUCUAAAAGGGUACCAAGUCUUACUAUUUUAUCAUACAUGCAAUAAUUAAUGCAAUUAUUGGAACUGAGUAAGAAGUGGAACCCUGAGGGGGUUAUGCAGGAAUACAAAAGCAGAACUAAUUUCUUCAAAAAACAGCAUCACCCCUGUCCUCAGGUUGUGUGUGAUAUUACAACUUGGCUAUAGUAAUUUCAAUGGAACUAAGCUGCAAUACCACACACAACCUGAGGACAAGUGUGGUGCUGUUUUUUAAAGAAAUCAGCUCAGUUUUUCUAACCUUGGAUAACUAAAUUAACUCAGUUGACACACAGUAAAGAGCAUCUAUAGAAUGUUUAUGUAUUUCAGACUCCAUAUGCUAAUUACAGUGCCUCUUGGCUUAUUUAGCCAAAAGAUAUACAUAAUCAUGGCCUCUUGGACCAAUCAUGCUGAUAUCUUUAAAGCCUAACGCCACUGAUGGUCCCGGCGGCAGAGUACCUGUUUAAAUCUCCUGACAAAAAUAAAUACGUAGUGAGAAUGGACCCUUGGACUUGCCCACUGCUAAAACAAUCGAUACGGAUUGACCAGAAGUCCCAUGCAAUUCUGCGAGACUUCCGUCGAAUACAAAUUCGGACCACUUAGGUCUCAGGCUAUGAAGUUGCCAGGAGAUUUAAACAGGUGUCCUGCCGUUAAACUAACAUCAGAGUUAUCCAUUAAGUGAUGCCCUAAAUGGGACAGAAGCAAGCUGAAGAAAGUACAAUGAAGUACAUAUCAAUUGUAGUUACUCUCAUAUCAGAUUCCUUCUAUAGUGAACAUCUUCACAAUUUUGUUCCUGCCACUACGAGAUAGAGUUUAGAAGCUUACUGCAUACCAUAUACACUGAGCUCAAUAAUAAGACAGUAUACAGUAAACACCCUCUAGUGUUGGCUGCAGGCAGUCAGAAUAUUAUCAUUUGACUCUGUCUUUGGAGUGGAAUUGGAGCUCUCUGGCAUAAAGAAAAUGAUAUUUAGCUUAUGAUUUCAGUAUAAACUGUUUUAUUAUUGAGUUCUACAUAAUCAAACAGAAUUCAUUAAAGGGGUUAUCCCAAGAUUAAAAUGUAUCAACUUGCCCAGAAUAUGUGAUAUGUAUUUGUUUGACCAGGGUCUUAUCUCUGCGGUUCAUACAAGAAAAUGGCAAUCUCAUGUCCUCAGUUGUGAGCGGAUUGGUGGUCGGGCAUGCACUCUCCCACUACGCAGUGCUCCACUCUGCUGACACCUCUGUCCAUUUGAAGAACUGUCCAGAGCAGGAGCAAAUCCCCAUAGCAAACCUAUCCUGCUCUGGACAGUUCCUGGCAUGGACAGAGGUGUCAGCAAAGAGAACUGUGCUCAGACAGAAAAUAAAUUAAAAAAUAAAAGAACUUCCUCUGUAGUAAACAGCAGCUGAUAAGUACUGGAAGGAUUAAGAUUUUUAAAUCGAAGUAAUCUACAAAUCUGUUUAACUUUCUGACACAAGUUGAUUUUAAAAAAAAAUUUCCACCGAAGUAUCCCUUUAAGGGUAUGUUCACAUGGCAAAAUGUCAGCCCGGCAAAUUUUCAGCUUGACAUUCUGCAAAAAUUGCCAGGACUAGGACUGCUGAGCCCCCCACUGAUCAGGAGAACAAGCAGGGAGAAGUGUGCAGUAAUGCGCUUCACUCCCCAGCCUACAGUGAUCUCCCUCCGACUUCUCACAUUGAUGGAUCUAACUGCAACAUAAAGUUAUACGGUUAUCAUUCACUGUCAUUAUAAAACAGUAUUCUCCAAACUGUGGAUCUCCAGAUGUUGCAAAACUACAACUCCAAACAUGCCCAGAGUUUUGCAACAUCUGGAGGGCCACAGAUUGGGGACCACUGUUUUAGAAUAUUUGUAGUGUAUUUUAGACACUUUUCUCCAAAAGGGAAAUUGAUUUUAGGAAAACUUGACAAUAAAUUCUAUGCAAUUGAUAAACAUCUGUAUAUGUUCCUUUAUUGAAAUGGUUUGUAUGGGAAAUUGUGGUAAAGUUUAAUCUCUAUGAAAUAGUUUUUCUUUUGCUUUGUUUUCUUCUUAAUUUUCUUUUCUGCCUAAAAAUUAAAAUGAAAUUACAUUAAAAUCUUGGAAAAAAAACUAUACAGCAUCUACAACUGAGCAUUGUGGACUAAACAGACAUAAAAAGCAUCUAUGUUUCAUUAUGUCCUAUUAUGGUGUCAAGCACAUAUUCCUGCCGGUACGGGAAGAUGUCCACAGAAUUAUUCUAGUACUGGACAACAGAGAUGUUCAGUAACAGGAACGUUAUACAACAGGUGGUGACAAUGGGACGUGCAUGGAACUAUCUAAAUAGUUUGUAGCAAGAAGGUGGAAUUUUUUUGUGAAAAUAAAUGUUUUGU